UCUCAGCAGACGUCUCCAUCAGAAGCCCUGCAGCCUCCUGCAGUGACAUCAGCUCCCGCUCAGGAAUUCUCUCUCUGAGGAACUUAAAGAAAAAGCUCUGGAUGCGUUCGGGCUCGUGGGAUUUCUGUUUCCUCGUCCUCACCUGGAUUUUCUGUGUGGACAUUUGCAAAAGGACGGUGAAUAGAUGCUGUGAUCUUUGCGAUCUGGGACCAACUGAGGGACAGAAGGUGUCCCUGCUGCUGUCCUCCUGUGAGGCGCUGAAGGAUUGUUGUUGAAGCUGUUGUUUCUCCUCAGAGAUGUUCUGCUCCAGGAGGCUCCUGCAGCAGUGGUGCUUCGCUCUGUUCCUGCUCUGCUCCCCGGUGCCGCACUUCGGACGUCCCCUCGAUGCCCUGAGCAGCAGAAUUAAACGCUCGGUCACUCACGCUCAGCUGAUGCACGACAAAGGUCGCGCCCUCCAGGACUUCAAGCGCCGCAUGUGGCUUCAGGAGCUUCUGGACGAGGUCCACACGGCCGAGGUCCGGGACCUCCCGGUCCGAACCACCGGAGCCGCGGGGGGCAGCAGCGGGGCCGGCGGGGGGCUGCCGGGCGUCAGCCUGGGCCUCGACCUCAGCACCACCGGAAGCACCCUGCACUCCAAACCCGCCGGAGGAACCAAGAACCUUGCGGUGGCCUUCGGCCUGGAGGACGAGGAGGGAACCAACCUGCCGCAGGAAACCAACAAGUCGCCCACGUUCAGGUCUCCGGGCAAGAAGAAGAAGAAAGGACGAGCCGGGAAGAGGAGGGAGGGCGAGAAGAGGAAGAGGAGGGUGCGCUCGUUAGGCCGGAGCGAGGAGGCAUGGAGGUCUCUGCUCGGCCUGCAGGGGGCGCUGCUUUAAAACGCUGUCACACUGACGAAGAAACGAGAGUUGGAGUCGACUCCUAAACGCUCGUGUUACACUCGACUGUAAUCGGGAUUGUUUGGAAAGAAAUUGUAAAAUAUUUAUUGUCUGUAAAUAUUCUAAAUAUCUCAGAAUACAUAGCAAAAUAUGAUUAAAAAAAACGUAUUGAUGCUCUGUGGGGCGACAGAUUUUAAUCUUUGUGAAUCCUCGCUUUUCUCUUUUUUAUUCCAAUUAUGUCGGAUUUUUUGCGGUAAUUUAUUUUUUCUGAACGGUGUAUUUAUUUUGUAAAUGUAUCGAGGUGCUGCUGUCCCUCUAUAUUUUUGUACCAUAAUGCACUUUAGAUAUAUAAAUAUAAAUAUAUAAACCAUGUUCAUUGUUUUUGUGGUUGAUAGAAAUGAAGAAAAAACGACGGUCGUCUUCUGUGUUUCUUUUGUUCUUCGCUCUGUUCAGACGUUUGUUUCUUUGCUGCUGUUGUUCACAUGUAGUUCACAUGUUGUUCACAUGUUGUUCACAUGUUGUUCACAUGUUGUUCACAUGUUGUGUUCGUUGUCUCGCUGCCGUCAGCGUCUGUUUCCUCCACGACUCGCUCUGCUUCUCAACGCCAAAGUUCAGAUUUGUACAUAAACAAACACGGCUGGAUAUUGUUGUUUGUGGCACUUGCACUGAGAUCAACUUCCUGUACUGAACGGAUUAAACAUUUGACAGAA